AUGACCCAGGGCCACCAGGCCACGGAAAACGUGGACAUGCGCCAACAGAGCGGACACGCGCACGCCGACGGAGCAGAGCGAAGCGCGCGUCGCUCGCGGAUUCCGGAGAGCGGCAGGAAGGAACCGCUUCAAACCGGUUUGUGGCGGCGCAGGGCGCACCGCGAGGACGCUGCAGACCAAGAGAGUUUAUUAGUCGGCGGUGGUGCUGCGGCAGGACGCACUACUACCACUCGGCUGUCUGACGCGUCCUGGCAGGUCAUCCACCCGUCGCCUCGCCAUGUGCUGCGCUGGCCCCGCCCCUCCGGCUGGCCCCGCCCCUCCGGUUGGCCCCUCCCCUCCGACUGGCCCCUCCCCUCCGGCUGGCCCCGCCCCUCCGGCUGGCCCCUCCCCUCCGGCUGGCCCCUCCCCUCCGACUGGCCCCGCCCCUCCGGCUGCCCGCCCCGGCCCCUGGACGGCGGUUGGGGCUGGGUGAUUGUGGCGUCCAGCUUCCUGGCGUUGCUGCUGGGUUACGGCUCUCCUCAGGCCAUCGGCGUGCUCUACCCAGAGUGGCUGCUGGCCUUCGGGGAGGGGAAGGCUGUGACGGCCUGGGUGGGCUCACUGGUGGCCGGGACCGGACUCAUACUGGGUCCGGUCUGCAGUCUCUGUGUGGUGAAUGUGGGCGUUCGGCCUGUAGCCGUCUCCAGCGGCGUGAUGGUGGCGGGGGGCUUCAUGCUCAGUGCCUUCGCCCCCAACGUCACCUUCCUCAUCUUCUCCUACGGCAUCAUGGUCGGUGUGGGUUCUGGUCUGCUGUACUCGUCCUUCAGCAUCAUCACCUGCCUCUACUUUGACAAGAGGAGAGGCCUGGCGCUGGGAAUAGUCAACACAGGAGCGAGUGCAGGCGGUUUCCUGUACGCCAUCUUGCAGACGCGGCUGAUCGACCGCGUGGGGCUGGACGGCUGCCUGCUCAUCGUCGGGGCGUGUGGCGCCCUCAUGCGCCCUUUGAACCCGCCCAGGUACCACGCCAAACAGCACGCCGUUCAGGAAGAGGAGGCGGCGGCCAAUCAGAAGCCUUCAGCCACAGAUCCAGCUGUCGCCAUGGAAACCACGGCGCCGCCAGCGAGGGGGAGGAGCCUAUUCAGCUGCUCAGCUUCUGUUAAACUGAUGAAGGUCAAGAUGAAACGUUAUUACCAUUGUCUCACAUGCAGUGGUCUCUUAAUUGUUACUUUUUUUGUCUUUUUUUUAUUAUUUUUAAAUUUUCUAGUUAUUAUUAUUGACAGACUCUUUCCUCUUUGUUUCCAUUUCCUGUUGUUUGUUGUUGUGUUCAGCUCGUACCUGGACCUCCAGGUGCUGUCGCUGGUUCUGGGCUUCCUGAGCGGGAACUGGACUCUGACGCCGUACGUCACCAGUCAGCUGGUCGGCGUGGAGAAGCUGGCCGAGGCUCACGGGAUCCUCAUGUUCUUUGGAGGCCUCGGCAUCAUGCUGGGUCCUCCUUUCGUAGGUUGUUUCUAUGACUUCAGUCAGUCGUAUGACGUGGCCUUCUACCUCAGCGGCGGCUGCAUGAUGGUCGGCGGCCUCGUCCUCUUCCUCGCCGCCAUUAUUUGCUGGGGACGGGACAUUAAAAAGACCAAACUGAUGGACGGGGUCGGGCUACAUUUCUUGUGA